AUGGCAAAAGUCAAGGCACACGAACUCACCUCCAAGUCCAAGGCUGACUUGACCAAGCAGCUCGAGGAGCUCAAGGGAGAGCUCCUCCAGCUCCGUGUGGCCAAGGUCGCUGGUGGUGCUUCUAGCAAGCUGACCAGGAUUAACUCCACCCGCAAGUCCAUUGCCCGUGUCCUCACCGUCAUGAACGCCAAGCAGCGCUCCAACCUGCGUGACUUCUACAAGGGCAAGAAGUACAUGCCUCUCGACCUCCGACCAAAGCAGACCAGGGCUAUCCGAAGGAGGCUGACCAAGCACGAGCGAACUCAGACCACCGAGCGUCAACACAAGAAGUCGGUUCACUUUGGCAAGCGCCAGUACGUCCUCAAGGCCUAAGCGAAGUCAUCUCAGCGGGUUUGUAGUAGCAACCUUGAUUGCUCUGCGUCCGCAUUGACUUCUGUCUUCGGUCUUUUGUGGUGUCUGUUUUCAUCUUUGUACGAUCAUACGUCUCUGUUCGCUUCCCACCUCAUACAACCACUUUGCGC